AUGGAAGUAAUUUUCUUUGCCUCUUUUGAAUCUUGGCGUGCCUUCACCAUGCAUGCACGCACCUGUCCAUCCCGUCCCAUUCCUCCCUCUCUUCUCACUCCUACUUGCCUCUCCAAACUCCCCUGUCCCUCCGCCCUCCACCUUGUGUCCACCGCAACUGCAGGGGCGUUGGGUCCAGGCCUGGUGCAGCUCCUAGUUGCAGCUGCAAGGGCGCUGGGGCCUGGGCUGGUGCAGCAGACCCUGGCUGUAUUCCAAUCGAAGUCCCACGGGUCGUCGUCACAGCUUUUUGAGGCGCCUCAAAAAUCUGCAAGGGCGCUGGGGCCUGGGCUGGUGCAGCAGACCCUGGCUGUAUUCCUUCUUAAAGAAACCGGUCCCUCGCCGGUCUGUCUCUCGGUCCGCUCACGCCUCUCCUCGUUCUUCUCCUCAAUGCCUUUGUUUGGGGCGUGCCCUCCGCCCUCGCCUACGCCCUGCUUCGACCCCCCUCCCCACAGUCCUUUGUCGGGUAACUGCUUCUCUCCCCCAUACACCCCUGCCUCCACCCACCCUGCCCUCGCCUACGCCCUGCUUCGACCCCCCUCCCCACAGUCCUUUGUCGGCAUAAGGGCUCUAGGAGAGAGUGACCCAGACCUUGAGUUACAUGGGGAGAAAUUUUCAUGA